GUUUAGUCAGUGUGACACCCAGCGGAAGUAAACAACAGCAGCGCCCGUACCGUCAUGCCGUACCGUACCGUAGCGUUAGCUGCAUGUUGCUGUUGAUUAAGCUGGGGUCUUUCAGCUGGAACUAAGCAACGAUGUCUUCGGUUGAGAGUUUGAGAGAGUUUGUCACCGAGAGACUGACUGCUGCUGCUAAAGAAAUAUUCACAGCUGUUGGAAAAACUAUCGUCGAGUACGAGGAAGAGCUCGCUCGGCAGCGCAGACUGUUGGAUGUCGUUUGGAAACCAGAAAUCAAGUUACACAGGAUAGAGCUCCCACAGCAACAGGUCUGUAAGGAGGAGGAGGUUCUUUCUGACCAGCAGCUCAACAUGCCAGUUAUAACCUCUGUGGUAUCAGAAGCAAACGGUGACCACCAGUUCCUCUCUCGCAACUCUCAUGAAGCGGAGAGCCGAGAUCAGAAAGGAGGCGAGCAUGGAGACUCAGGAUCAACCAGAAAUGCAGAGCCAGAACCAAAGAAGAGACGACGCAAGAGCAGAAGUCACAGCAACAACGUGGACAACAGUAACGUGUCAGAGAUUCACCCUAAUACUCAAACAGAGCUCCCACAGCAACCUGUCUGUAAGGAGGAGGAGGAGGUUCUCUCUGACCAGCAGCUCUGUAUUCAGGAGAGGAACUCCCGUCUGGACCAAGAGGACCCAGAGCCCCCACAGAUUAAAGAGGAACAGGAGGAACUGUGCACCAGUCAGGAGGGAGAGCAGCUUGUACUGAAGCAGGAGACGGAUACCUUUAUGUUGACUCCUACUCAUGAAGAAAGGAACCACAGUGAAGGUCAGACUCUGAACUUCAAUCCUGAUGAUGGCACUCUAAGUACAGCGGAGAAAGAGUCUGUAGCCAACAUGCCAGUUAUAACCUCUGUGGAAUCUGAAGUAAACGGUGACCACCAGCUCCUCUCUCAUGAAGCAGAGAGCCGAGAUCAGAAAGGAGACAAGCGUGGAGACUCAGGAUCAACUAGAAAUGCAGAGCCAGAACCAAAGAAGAGACGACGCAAGAGCAGAAGUCACAGCAACAACGUAGACAACGGUAACGUGUCAGAGAUUCACCCUAAUACUCAAACAGGUAAAAAGUCGUCCAUAUGUGACCCAUGUGGGAAAGACUUAAAGUUUAAAUCCGCAUUGCAGAGACACCGGAGAGUCCACACCGGUGAGAAGCCUUAUUCUUGUAAAACGUGUGGGAAAGAUUUCGGAAAAAAUAGCGAGUUGUUGGUCCACGUGAGAAGAGCCCACACAGGUGAGAAGCCGUACGUUUGCAAGACCUGCGGGAAAAGAUUCUGUGACGCUUCGGACUUAUUAAAGCAUACGAGAACUCACACAGGUGAGAAGCUAUAUUCUUGCAAAACCUGCGGAAAAGAGUUUGGAUAUAAUAGUAACUUGUUGGCUCACACGAGAAGAGCCCACACAGGUGAGAAGCCGUACGUUUGCAAGACCUGCAGGAAAAGAUUCUGCGUCGCUUCGGACUUAUUAAAGCAUAUGAGAACCCACACAGGUGAGAAGCCGUAUGUUUGCAAAACAUGUGGAAAAGAGUUUGGGCAAAAUAGUAACUUGUCGGUCCACAUAAGAAGAGCCCACACAGGUGAGAAGCCGUACGUUUGCAAGACCUGCAGGAAAAGAUUCUGUGACGGUUCAGACUUAUUAAGGCAUAUGAGAACCCACAGAGGAUAGAAUCUAAAUCUAAAAUCGAUCACUGUUUUUGACAAUAAAGUUCUAGUGGUUCAUUGUCAAAACUGACCAGAACCCUCAGACGUGAGGAGCAACAUUUUUGCAGCAGUUGUGGGAAAAGUUACCUGAAGCUCAACAUAGACAGGAGAAACCAUGGAGCUGAAACUGUGGCAGAGACGUGUUUAACUGAAUGAAAUACUUUUGCAGUAGUGACGCGGGGGCGCGGCGCUGCAGCCACCUGGGCUCGUGCUACUAUUGCUUUUGUUAAGUGUUUUCGUUCUAAGUGUUUCCUUUUCUCUCACAAAUGCGCUUUGUUUUGUUUGUUAGCAAUACAAACGUGUGCUUGUGACGGCAUUGCAAACUGAGACAACUCAUCUGCCAGCUAUUGCGGGCAAACAAUAGCCUCGAACAAUAAUAAUAAGUUUAUUUGAUAUAUAGCACCUUUCACAGACAGAAUCACAAAGUGCUUCACAUGAUAAAAAUGUGUACAAAACAUAGUAAAUUAUACAACAAUAAAGAUAAAAGACUAAAAAACAGUCAUUAAAAGACAACAUUUUACAUAAAUGAAUCAAAAGCAAAUUUAAACAAGUGCGUCUUCAGCUGCUUUUUAAAAGCUUCAACAGAGACUGCAGAACGUAAGGCGAUAGGAAGCGCAUUCCACAGGUUUGGAGCCACCGCUUCAAAGGAACGGUCACCUCUAGUCUUUAAACGGGUGCGUGGGACAACCAGUAAUCCCUGGUUAGAAGACCAGAGGGGCCAAUUUGUAGUGUAUGAAUGGAGCAGGUCCGAGAUAUACGCUGGAGCCUGACCGUGCAAAGCUUUAUAAGUCAGAACCAACCACCAAUGGCAUCAAGCAUACACUUGGCUGGUCUGCUGCUGGCUCUGAUGAUCAUUAGUGAUCUUUUUAGUUCCAUGCCCCGCAACACAGUGGGAAUAUGGACUACGAUAUACACUGUUGUCUCUCCGGUCAUUCCAAUCUACACCCCAGGAUCAUCUGCCGUCUGUCAUCCGAUCCACACAGCCGCGGCGAAAGCGAGGAAAACGUCCGGCAAGAGGAGCGGAGGAGGCUCGUGCAUCUAUGUAAGAGACAAAUGGUGCAGACAGUAUACAGUAAGAGACAGCACAUGCAGUCCGGAUAUAGAACUGCUCUGUCUAUCCUUGAGACCACACUACCUCCCAAGGGAGUUUGGCAGUGUUAUUAUAGUUGCUGUUUAUGUCGUCCCCCCCCCACUCCUUAUUACUGAAACAAUAACUGAUUAUAUAAAAUUUUGCUCUGACAAUGUGGUAGAUAAGAAAAAUGUUAUUGUUUACCCCAACAAUAAAACUUACAUUACAAAAUAGAUUAAAAACUGCAUAAAUCGGAAAAAGCAAGCCUUUAGAAACAAAGAUAAGACAGCAUUGUUAGUUGUUCAGAAAAGCUCAAACAGCUUCUCAGAAAUACAAGAGAACAACAUAGGCAAACCAUGGAAAACUGUACAAACAUCCAAUACUAAAAAACUGUGGGCUACUAUGAAAUCAGUCACUAACAUGAACCCUCCAAAACAAACAAAACGACACGCACACUGUCCCAGCUUUAUGGAAGAAAUCCAUUGUAACACCAGUCCCUAAAAAGCCCUCCGCCUCAGUGAGUACUGACUUUCGUCCCAUAGCUUUGACCCCUAUUGUAAUGAAAUGCCUUGAGAAAAUUGUAGUGUCCCAGCUUAAGGCAGAGGUUGAGCCGGUGUUGGACACGUGGCUAUUUGCUAAAGCCUAUUCUAGAAUAUUAUUUGUUGAUUUUAGUUCAGCAUUUAAUACUGUGCAACCCUAUCUGCUUUUAAAGAAAUUGAAUAAUAUUAACCCUGCCCUGAUUAAAUGGUUUUAUUCUUUUUUGACUAAUAGGACACAACAGGUGAAAGUUAGCUGCACGCUGUCAGAGGUUAAACAUAGCAAUAUGGGGGUACCACAAGGUUCUGUGGUAUCACAUACUUUUUACAUUGUAUACCAAUGACUGUAGGACAGUACACCCAAAUAACAAUAUUAUAAAAUUUGCAGAUGAUACUGCAAUUUUGAGCCUUCUUCAGAAGGACAUAAAUCCGUCUGUGUACCAUGAUGAGAUAGACACAUUUAUUAAGUGGUGUGACACCAAUCAUCUUAUCUUAAAUGUCACAAAAACACAGGAGAUGAUCCUUGACCCAAGUCAAGUGGACCAUGAGCCGGUUGUCAUAAGAAAUCAGAAAAUGAUCCAGGUUGUGUCUUACAAAUACUUAGGUGUCCACAUAGACAAUCUUCUCUGCUGGAAAACACACACUGACCAUCUGUGUAAUAAAUUGCAGCAGAGAUUAUACUUUUUAAGGCGACUGAGACUGUAUGGAGUAAGCAGCCAGAUCAUGCUCAUGUUCUACAGGGCAAUUCUGGAGAGCAUUAUUAGAUCUGGAAUUACAGCAUGGUUUGGCAACUUAACAGUGCAGCUAAAAAGCAGGAUGGUCAGUACCCACAAGGCAGCUAUGAGGAUAAUAGGGAGGAAAGAGAACAAGCCCAUACAGAGCCUGUAUGAGCAAGCUGUCAGAAAACAAGCUGAAAGAAUCACCGCAGACUCACUACAUUCUCUCUUCCCUGAAUAUGAACUUCUGCCAUCAGGCAGAAGAAGCAUAUAUAAUAUCCUAUCAUAUCAUAUAUAAUAUCCUAUCAUAUCAUAAUAUCCUUCACUGGUCUCCGUCCAGAGACACGGGAUCUGUUGGUCCACUUUAUAUACUGUCUAUGCUUUAAAGCAGCGACUCAGACAGCCAGCUCGCCUCUUUGAUGAAACUACAGCGGUGCAUACUGGGGAGAAACUGAAACUAAAGUAUCAAUCUUAUUACCCUGGUACUGAUCAAUAUCAAUACCAACGUUGGUAUCGAUAUUAACAAUAUUUGGAUCGAUCCGCCCACCACUACUCUAUAUCAAUGACGCUCCACUUCUGGGACUGCUCCGGUGCCGCCGGAUGUCGCUUUUUUUAUGCCGGGUGUUUGUUACCUUCUUCUUUCUUUGUGUUGGCUUUUUACAGUAUAAGAAGUCCUAUUGAAAAGGUAAAACUGCUUUUGGCCCUUUUUGUACACUACCUUUUUUUCUGACGAGAUUCUGGCCAAACGUGCAUUUUUGUUUGAUAAAUGAUUGAUUCAGUUGUAUCAUCAAAAUGAAAGUUAUAGGUUAUUUGUUAAAGAAAGAUCAUAUUCUUGAGUGUCUCAUUGACCAGUGCGUAUUUAAAACAUGUAAAGCUAAUCCUCUGUGAUCCAUCCCACGUUCUGACUGUUACCAUCAGGCAGACGAUACACCGCUCAGCGGUUCAAAUUGAAUCGGUUUAAGAACUCCUUUGUUUCUGUAUCGGUCGGAAUUUUAAACAGGAGCCUGACAUAAGCAGAGGUUAGAGGCUGUACUGCAGUACAAAACCACAAACUGAUUAAUGCAUGUGUAUUUUUGUAUUUGUAUAUUUUGCUGCUGUUGUGUGCCCAUGUGUGAUGAUGGUUUAAGUCAAAUUCAAUAAAGUUUCCAGUUAAUUCCAAUUUAUUGUAAAGAAUAAAAUGACAACAGUUCUAAGUG